AUGCUAAUGAAUGUUUGGACGAUCCCUGUCACCAGAAUGCCACUUGCGUUGAUAUAAUUGGUUCAUUUGAUUGUGUUUGUAAUGAAGGAUUUGUAGGAGAUGGUAUUAACUGUGAAGGUAUAUGUAAAGUUACAUCAAAGCUAGAAAUACAAAUCGAGAAUCAUCUUGCAUUUUUAAACACCCCUAUUUAUGCCGGUUUUCCAUUAGGAGGAAUUUUGCGCGCGGAGAGGAAUUUUUCUUUGUCUUUUCUAAUUAGUUCCACCCGAGAAAUCGCAAUACAAAAUUCCGCUUCGCGCGCAAAAUUUCCCCUAAUGGAAAACCGGCUUUACUCCCUGACAAAGAUAUUGCAUUGUACUGCCAAAGCAUAAUUGUGUUGAGAAUUUCAAUUUUCCCUUACGUACAUUCAUUUUUCUUUAAAAAUAGUGAUGAAAGAUAGUAUACAUGCAGGAAUGUCGAGUUCAAAAUAUAAAACACCUUUGAAGGACAUUAGCACAAUUUUUAUUCAUAACUUAUGUUUGUGAAAUUGUAAAUCUUCCAAAAUUUAUUUGGCUUCUCCGAAAAUUUCAUUGCGGUUAGGUGCUUUUCCGUAAAUUAUUUCAGGUAAAAUCCCGAAACUAAAUAUAACGUUUACUCGUACUCUUAUUCUAUCCCUAAUUCAGAGUUUUCUGAUUAGAAAUUUUCAAAUAAUAAUAUUAACAAUAAUGAUAAUCCAUUUCAGCUUCCAACUGCAGUAUUCUUUCCUGCGGAGAAAAUGAAGAGUGUAUCCAGGAAAACGAUAUCUUUAAGUGUGUAUGUAAGGAUGAUUAUGCAGAACCCGAUUGCCGUCUGGGUACGUGUGCAAUUGCUGCUUUGCUUAUUAUUUCCUCGUUACCGAUCCUUCUUUCAAGCCCUGUUGGAUACAUGUGAGAUCGCCGCUUAGUGAAAUCAUGUAUUCUAUUUUCUGGUGUAAAUAAAUGGCUCGCUCUAUUGUUUGUGUGUAUGUUUUACCAAAUUGCACUUUACUUCUUGAUUGAUAUUAUACAUGAAAAAUGUAUUAUUAUGCAGAAUAACUUUUAUCGUCUGUUGCAUAUACAACAUGCGAAAUAAAUCCUGCAUACUCGCUCAUUUGAAUGGAUCAAGAACUUAACACAAUUUCUUAACUGUCAUAAGUCAAAACUCUAAUCAAAAUGUCUUUUGUUUAAGCCCUUCCCACGUAAUACUAUUUCUUAUAAUGACCUAAAUUUCGUUUUUGGCACUCUUUUUCAAUGCUCUUAGAAAACAACAUUUUUUCUAUUUAUGUUUCUUCAUACGAAACGCGCAAAAUUGUUGUGCUUUGUUUCAAAAUUGAGCGGCAAAGUAUUAAAUUUUGAUUAGUCAUAAUUUAAUUUAAUUAUUUACAAAAUCUAACAGUUGAAAGAACAUGCCUAGCAAGAGGUGAUCCACACUACUCGACAUUUGAUGGAAGACGUUAUGACUUUAUGGGUACAUGUGAAUAUGUUCUUGCUAAAGACAGUAGAAAUAACACAUUUGAAGUAAGACAAGUGAAUGAACCAUGUGGAAAUGGAGAACCUUCCUGCACAAAAUCUCUAACAGUGAUUUUCCCAAAUGUGACUAUCCAACUACUGCGGGGAAGUGUGAUGUUAAAUGACACAAAAAUUGUUUUGCCUGCAACGUAUGGAGGUAAGUUCUUUCAAACUGCAUACUACAUAUACAAUAUACAUGCUUUAAGAUUUGACGUUCAGGCUAAAAUUGCAUUUUGCAAAAUUAGUGCAAUAUUCUUCUGUUUCUAAAAACAGUAAUUUCAAAAAGGAAGUUUAUCAUAUUCCCACUUUAUAUUUAAAAGAAGUCAAUACCAUUCUCCCUAGUAUUGGUCGAUAUACUGUUGCAAACCGCUGCUUCAUAAUUGAUCAGUAACUUAUAACAGACAGUUAUUUUGCUAAUAAAUCUGAAAGUGGGUAAUAUUUAAUAGCAAUUUUCGAUCCUUUAUUUUUUGUAUAAAGGUGUGACAAUAACUGAACCAAGCAACAGAGUAACGUUGAUUGAAAGUGAUUAUGGUGUAGAAGUUGAAUGGAAUAAUGUACGUAAUGUGAGAGUGACAGUGCUUGGUCGCUAUCUGAAUAGAACAUCAGGUUUAUGUGGAACAUUUAAUGGAAAUCCUGGAGAUGAUUUCUUAGCAAGAAAUGGAACAACUGUUGACAAUGCUGUAACCUUUGGAAAUUCUUGGAAAACUGAACCUGGUUGUGGUGAUGCAGCAGAUGUAGAACAUCCAUGUGUAACUCACUCGGACAGAAACGCGACUGCUAUAGCCAACUGUUCAGCUUUGUCAUCUGCUCCAUUCCAUGUCUGUGCAAGCCAGUUUAAUCCAGAUUCAGAGGGUUAUAUUACCGAUUGUGAGUAUGAUGUAUGUGCUUGUGGUGAUGAUCCUAUAGUUUGUCUAUGUCAAGCAAUAGAGGCUUAUGUCAGUGAUUGUAAUUCAACUGGAGUGGAUAUUGACUGGCUGAGUGAUCCACGAUAUCAACAAUGUGGUAAGUGAUCAAUCUAGUUGAAUUUCAUCGCCAAGUUCUAUUGAAAAUUUUGGAGGUUUGGAAACUCAAAUUUUAUAAUUAUUAUGCGGAAAUUCCGAGUUUCACAUAUCAAUGCACAUUGGAAGAACGUGAAAUGUUCCAAUUCUUUGCACAUAACUUCACAUGUGAAAUACUGAGUAAAAUUUUUAUCAUGAAUAUCAAACUCAGUGUCAGACUGUUCGAUGCAAUGAAAAAUGAUGAGACCUUUUACGUGAACGAAAAUAUGUGGCUAUUUAAAGACGACAAAGAAACUCAAGUUGUUCGAAUGAUUUCAAUAAGGCCAUGGUUUAUACCCAUGUUGUUCAUUAGUAAGCUGAAAUGCAUUGCAAAUUGUAUGGCCAUAUAUCAGUUGUUUGCGAGUGUGUUAACUCACUGGCGAUUCAAGCGGGGUUUUUUUUCGUACAAAUGUUUCUCCAAAUAUUACUACUAAAGAAAACUACCAAAGGAAUGUCUUAGAGUGGAAAUGCUAAACAUUUAUUAACAGAAAUUUUAACUGUUUUAAUCUGACUUAGGUUCGCCAUGUGCCAGUGAUCCAUGUUUCAAUGGUGGGACUUGUUCAAACGAUGGACAGUCAUUCUCUUGCUCAUGUCGCGUUGGAUAUAAUGGUGACCGCUGCGAAAUCGAAG